AUGUCUGCGAUUGUUUUGGCUAGCAUUAUGCAAUGUUGGACACACGCCCUGAUCACUGGAACAUUUGUGACUAACAUUAAAUGCAGUCUUCAUCAUGAUGCGUGCCUAUCCACUGUGGAAUCACAAGCCGAUUGUUCGCAGGGUACUGCCCAUCGUGUACGCUGCCUUUAUAACAGGCGCAUUUAUUUUUGCUGCCAUAACGGUUCCGAUCCUUUUGAAGGACACGAAUGCCACCCGAAGUCAUGGUUUGCACAGUUGCCAGGGUACCUGAAGACAAUACCUUCCGCGCUGGGUAUCUUACUGCUAUUCAAUGUCCUUGUGAUUUUUAUCUCCUUCUACAAUGCUCUCGAAAACCCGCGCCGGUAUCAAAGCGAAGUUUUCGAUUCACUACGACGCGAUGGCGCAAGGAUCUACUUGAUAAUCUCUUUCCUAUAUGUGCCACCCCUGUUAGCAUCUCUUGUUGCAGAUAUUCCAGUGUUCUUCCCUAUUUUCAUUCUCGUAUGUUCUGUGAAGACCAAUCUUACCUCUCGCAUGCACCUUCGCAUAGAAAGCUUAUCCAACACUACACAUCCUGGGAUGACAUGUAUUUACCAGGAAGGCUAA